UUUUAUUUAUUGGAAAAAAUGGUUUUAGCUUUUGGUUUUGGUGAUGAAUGUUUUUAUUUUAUAUUUAAGGCUGAAGAAGUGCCUAUCAAUGUGAACUCGUGGGCUUCACGUCACACUAAUGGUCUUAUAAAAGAUCUUCUUCCUCAUGGAUCCGUUACAAGCGAAACAAUUUGGAUUUAUGGAACCGCAUGUACUUCAAGGGAGCUUGGGAAGAAAAAUUCCACAAAUCAAUGACGAAAGACCGAGACUUUCACCUUAUCAAUGGGACAUCAGUUUCUGUGUCUCUCAUGAGCAGCUAUAAGGACCAAUACAUAGAGGCUUAUGAUGGUUUCAAGGUCCUAAAGCUCCCAUUUCGACAAGGUAAUGAUACCAGUCGAAACUUCUCUAUGCAUUUCUAUCUCCCUGAUGAGAAAGAUGGUUUGGAUAAUCUUGUGGAGAAAAUGGCAUCAAGUGUUGGUUUCUUGGAUAGUCAUAUUCCGAGUCAAAAAGUUAAAGUUGGUGAAUUCGGAAUCCCAAAGUUUAAGAUCGAAUUCGGAUUCUCGGCUUCAAGGGCUUUCAAUAGAUUGGGAUUGGAUGAAAUGGCUUUGUACCAAAAAGCUUGUGUUGAGAUUGAUGAAGAAGGUGCUGAAGCUAUUGCCGCAACUGCUGUUGUUGGAGGCUUUGGAUGUGCUUUUGUUAAGAGGAUAGAUUUUGUUGCUGAUCAUCCAUUUCUUUUCAUGAUUAGAGAAGACAAAACCGGAACAGUUUUGUUCGUUGGUCAGAUCUUUGAUCCUUCUUAUUCUUCUUAGGCCCCGGAGAGGUCUGGUUUAACAAGACUUAC